AUGAAGCUUGUUAGUUGGAACUAUCGUGGGUUUGGGAACCCAUGGGCAGUUAGAGCUCUUAAUAAGCUCUUGAAACAAAAAGAUCCAGAUCUUGUUUUCCUAAUGAAAAUAAGGAAGAAAACUAAUGAAAUUAAUACUGUGAGGAGAAGAGGAGGUUUGGAGAAUGUUAUAGGAGUGGAUUGCAGAGGGGAAGGGAGGAAUAGAUCGGGGGGACCAGCAGUCAUAUGGGGGAAGGAGCUAACAGUUGAGAUAAAAUCAAUGUCGCUAAACCACAUUGAUAUGGUAGUUAAAGAAGAAGGGGACAACAUGCAAUGGAGAGCCACAGGAUUCUACGGAUGCCCAGAAGUAACUAACAAGAACAAAUCUUGGGAACUCCUAAGAUCUCUAGGACAAGCAAACAGCAUGCCAUGGAUGGUAUUUGGGGACUUCAACCAAGAAAUCAAACAAAAAGAGAAGCAAGGAGGAUUGUCGGUGACAUUUUCACAAAUAAGAGGUUUCAAGGAGGCACUUCAAAUAAAUGAACUACUGGACCUUGGGUUUGUUGGCCAUGCAUUUACUUGGACAAACAAUCAAGGAGGGAAUCAAAAUGUACAAGAAAGGUUAGACAGAGCCACUGCAAAUAUCAGUUGGAAGGAGGCUUUCCCUAGAGCGGUGGUACAAUAUUUUCAAAGAUAUAGAUCCGACCAUUGUCCAAUUCUCAUAGAUAUGGUGGGAGAUUCAACAUCCAAGAAAAAGAGGGUAAAGAAGUUCAUAUUUGAAGAGGUGUGCUGGAAAAGGAAGAGUGUGAAGAAAUUGUCAAAAGAACUUGGAUCCCGGGCAGCAGCGGAGUAA